UUGCUAGGGGAAGUGACGUCACUGCAACCCGCUGGAUUAUUGAGCUGAUGGAGCUCCUGUUGUAGCAGAUACACAGAAGUCAAUGGUAGUUUCAGGGCCAGCGGAACUAGAAGGGAGUCGUUGUGAAAAUCCGCUUUCAUCCUUUUUUAAACAGACUAUUUUCGGGGUGAAAAUUACUAGAGCAUAAAGUUCACGCUUUACUCUUUUUAACAAGCCUAAUAUUUUGAAAUUUACCGAUUCGGAAUGUUAGAAAACGAAUGGUGAAAACUGGGUAGCUUCUGUGAAGGGAAUUAGCAAGCUAGCAGGCUGUAUAAGGGGAUUCUGGCUGGGAGAGACAGAAGAAUAGACGGAUAACAAAGAAGGGAUUUUCGCUGCUUUUAUUAAACACUCCGAAGGUAUAUCAUUUAAAUUACUCCCGUUAAAGCUAGCUUUGUCGCUAGCUUUGUUAUUUAGCCAUCUAUCAUGGAAUUGAGAGUAGGAAACCGAUACAGACUGGGAAGGAAGAUUGGCUCUGGAUCCUUUGGUGACAUUUAUUUGGGCACAGACAUCUCGGUGGGAGAAGAAGUAGCCAUCAAGCUAGAAUGUGUGAAAACGAAGCACCCACAGCUGCACAUCGAGAGCAAGAUCUACAAGAUGAUGCAAGGAGGCGUUGGUAUCCCAACAAUCAAAUGGUGUGGAGCGGAGGGAGAUUACAAUGUGAUGGUGAUGGAGCUGCUUGGACCCAGUUUGGAGGAUCUCUUCAACUUCUGUUCUCGCAAGUUCAGCCUAAAGACUGUUCUUCUGCUGGCUGACCAGAUGAUCAGCCGUAUUGAAUACAUACACUCCAAGAACUUCAUUCACAGAGACGUCAAGCCUGACAACUUCCUUAUGGGUCUGGGGAAGAAGGGCAACCUUGUUUACAUCAUUGACUUUGGGCUGGCCAAGAAGUACAGAGAUGCUCGCACCCACCAGCACAUCCCUUAUCGCGAGAAUAAAAACUUGACUGGCACUGCUCGCUACGCUUCCAUCAACACCCACUUGGGAAUAGAGCAAUCCAGACGAGAUGACUUGGAGUCUCUUGGCUAUGUGCUCAUGUACUUCAACCUGGGCUCUCUGCCAUGGCAGGGUCUGAAGGCUGCCACAAAGAGACAGAAGUAUGAGCGAAUCAGUGAGAAGAAAAUGUCCACUCCAAUUGAAGUUCUGUGCAAAGGAUACCCAUCUGAGUUUGCCACAUACCUCAACUUUUGCCGCUCCCUUCGCUUUGACGACAAGCCCGACUAUUCUUAUCUGAGACAGCUCUUCAGGAACCUUUUCCACAGACAAGGCUUCUCAUACGACUAUGUGUUUGACUGGAAUAUGCUCAAAUUUGGUGCGAACAGAGCGGCAGAAGAUCCAGAGAGAGAGCGGAGGGAUCGAGAGGAAAGAUUGCGACAUGGGCGGAAUCCUGCUGCCCGUGGCAUGAUGCCUUCCAGCUCAGGUAGACCCAGAGGAACGCAAGACGUAGCACCUCCCACACCCCUCACGCCAACCUCACACACAGGAAUGGAGCGAGAGAGGAAGGUCAGUAUGAGAUUGCACCGCGGAGCCCCUGUCAACAUUUCCUCCUCUGAUCUAACUGGCCGACAGGACACCUCACGCAUGUCCACAUCACAGAAUAGCAUUCCCUAUGAUCACCACGGCAAGUAGAUGCUCGCCAUGUUCUGGUAUGAGAGACAGCGUUGGGCUCUUUCUCGCGUCACCCCAAGUGGCCUGCAGUCUGCCGUACCUCGAUGAGACCCUCCACACGCCUCAAGAGCAGACCAACCACGGCCCUGAUCUGCACAAGGACUUCUCCAGCAGCCUCUAACCAUGUGAAAUCAACCUCAGCAAAUCAAAUCGAAACAAGAGACUUCAUUUCCUCCUUCCUCUCAAUGCAAUUAAACACACUUGAGAGUCACGCGAAACUCGAGAGACGGACAGAUUUUGGUUUUGUUUUCUUUUCGCACACACACAUUUUCUUACCUACACUACUCCAGAAGACACCGGGGCACAUCAGUUGUGCUUGUUAACAUCAAUUUUUGCCAGACAAUCGCUGGCGAGAUGGGAGGGACGGGACGGGUGGGGGGGGGGGGGGGUUCUCGGCCAUCGCUGCCUUUGGCCCUCUGACACACACACCAGGAGGAGAGGGCCGUCCUCCUGCCGUCCAGGGGCCUCUUCGCAAA